GAUCUUUUCAUCUAUCAUUCGGUCUCAAUCAAUUGCCAGGACCAAGCGAUCGCACUCAAAAUGGAUGUUUAUGGCACAGCGGUAACGGCCAUCACGCAAGCCUACCAAGUAACCGUUUUUAUCCAAGGCGUUAUCUCCGACAUCAAGUCCUUCGAUGAGGACCGAGCACAAGUCCGCCUGAAGUUGAACGUGCAGCUCUCGACCCUGCUCUUUUUCCGUCGCAUUUUUGUUCAUCCAGAUCAUGGCCUACUCCUGCCGGGCAAACUCGACCCUUUCAUUGCACAGACCAUCGAGGGCCUGCUUGUUCAAAUGCGCAAGACAUUGACUGAGUAUGAGCUUGUGGCUGUCAAGUAUGGCCUUGUCAUGGGCGAUGAUGAGGAUGAAGGAUUAGAAAAACCCGAGCAGGUCAAGGAAUCACUCCUGCACCGCAUCAAGAUCAAAGCCAUGUCCCUGAAGUUGAAGGGCUACGAUUGGUCGUUGUUCGACAAGAAACGGCUGCACAAGAUACUCGAAGCCUACACCGACUGGUCAGCCGACUUGCGCAAUUUGAUGCAGCAUCUGUCCCAGGACACGCUGUCCAGGGUAGUGGAUGAGAACGAUCAGGGCCUGAAGGCGACCGGGCUGGAACCCGUGAUCAAGCGGCGAAAAUUGGUCGAAGCGCAUGCCCCGGCCGACUUUCAAAGCUUGGAAGGCCAAGUCAGUGAGGAAGGUAAUGUGUCGGGCGGCUAUCAGCUGGGACGCUGGACGCCAUCCGGCUCAACAUCCGGCACGACGGUGGUUAUAGAAUUUCAUGAGUAUGAAGGCAUGUUAAAAGGUGGUGAUCUGGAGCCCGAUGAGAUCGAAGAGUUGAAGGAGCCCAUUCGCAAUCUAGCUUGGCUUCUGAAAAACAGCACCUUCAAUAGCCACAAGUCCUCCGAGGCUGAAGCAGGGUUGGAGCCACCUCAGAUUUAUGCGAUGGAGUGUCUAGGGUUCAUCGACCAACCGGAAGAGGAGCGCAACGUCUUCCUCUAUAAGCUUCCAACGUCCGACGAGGUGGAUCAGUAUCAAGACACAGCAGCGACAUCGAAACUCACCACCCUCCAUAGCUUUAUCAACGCCGUAGAUCGGGAGAACAAACGACCACUGAAACGGCCAUCCUUGAAUGAUAGGUUCAGCAUGGCGCAUUGCCUCGCAGUGACCCUGCUGAAUGUUCAUGCCUCGAAGUGGGUUCACAAGAAUGUCUGGAGCAAAGGAAUCCUCUUGUUUUUGCAGACUCCAGCAGGCGUCCGCGCCUCGGGUCUUCAGGCGCACCGACUGUCAAACACCCCGAAGUCUCAAGAACGAAUCCUCGCAUACCUGAGUGACUGGGGCUACGCACGGUCCGAGCAACAGGGCACGGACAUGCGUGGGGACUUCGAGCCCGAAGCGAACCUCUACCGUCAUCCUGAACGGCAGGGAAAGCCCACCCGACAGUUUCAACGGCGCCAUGACAUUUACGCCUUGGGUGUAGUGCUGUUAGAGAUCGGUCUUUGGGUGACAUUGUCUCGAUUGAUGGAGCCCAAAAUCCGCGACGCAGAAAAGACCGGACGACUACCAAGGCCUAAAAAGGUCGCCUCGGAUUUGACUGCGCUAGCCCAGCAGAAUCUGCCAAAGGAGAUGGGCGACGGUUAUGCCCAGGCCACGAUAGAUUGUCUGACAGGAAAUUUCCGCGACGGAGAUGCAGGGCUUGCCUUGGACUUUCAAGAGAAGGUGGUGAAUGUGCUGGCUCAGGGAAUAAAUCUGUAAAUCGUUC